UACUUGUUUUGCUUCCAGCUACCCUUUCUGCGUAAUUGCGUAUUGAUUCUUUCGUUAUCUCUGCAAAACAUUUUGCUUUCACGUUUUCUUCCUUUAUGUCGUCCAUGUCGAUUCUUGUUGAAUGAAUCCUGUUGAUCAAAAGCUGUUAAGUUCAUCACCGAUGGAGCACGACAGGCUACACCCCCAAAUUCGAGGUGACGAAUUGGAUCUUCUGGACUCUAGGAUUUCUCGUUUUUCAAUCGGAGAACAGCAUGGUGGCACCCAAGAAUCCAUUUCUCAGUUGGUUCCUGAAGAGAUUGAAAAACACACUGGAGAUGGAGUUUCCAUUAUGCCUGCUGGCUCUCUCAAAAAUGAAAAGACUCAGUCUGAAGAGAGUGAAGCUGAUGCACCCAAAGAUACCAGUGAGGAGAAUCAUGGGCAGAGAAAUUUUGAUGCUAACCAUCAGAAACAACAUAGAUAUUUUUAUUAUGAUUCACCUCUUUCUGAAGAAACUGGAAUUUGGAUACCCGUUUCAGUUCCUCCAAUGUCAGAAAGUGAACACGAAGAAUGGAGUAGAGGUUUUGGAUCAAAUGGUGGCUACUUCCCUGAAGGAGACAUGGGUUGGAAUCAGUUUGUUGGAGAAGAUAAGGAACUGACAAUGUGGGAUGUGCUACUUGAGAUGUUACUUGCAGCCCGAGGAAAAGUAAAUGCUAUUGCUUCUGGUGAUGUUUAUGGAUACAAGAUUUCCUGGAUGUCCAGCCAUCUCCUGGAGCAAGCUUGGAAGGAGAUGGCUCAAACUUUGACAGAGGCAAAUUUUGGUAAUGCAAAAGAAAUUCUUGAAGCAGAACCCCCAAAAUGGUUGGCUGACAGUGCUGCUUCUGCCUGCAUGCUAUGUGGUGUACGGUUCCAUCCCAUCAUGUGUUCGAGGCAUCAUUGCCGGUUUUGUGGUGGAAUAUUUUGUAGUGAGUGCUCUCGAGGGAGGAGUUUGUUGCCAGCAAAGUUCCGUACAGCAGACCCACAACGGGUUUGUGAUGUUUGCUGUGUGCGGCUUGAGUCUGUGCAACCAUACUUGAUGGAUCAAGUAAGUCGUGCUGCACAAUUGCCAACCCAUGAUCUGACAGACCUCAGUACAUUAAGAUCCUGGGUAAACUUUCCAUGGGGUCAAUCUAUGGAAUAUGAGAUUUAUAAGGCCACAAACACACUUCGGAGUUAUGAUAAGGUGGGUUCCCUGAAACCUGAAAGGUCAAUUCCUGAUGCUAUUCUGAGACAAGCAAAAGGCCUUGCAAUACUUACUGUUGUGAAGGUUGGCAUGAUGGUUACAUAUAAUAUUGGAACAGGAGUUGUUGUUGCUCGUAGAGCAGAUGGCUCAUGGUCUCCACCUUCUGCCAUUUCUUCAUUUGGUGUUGGAUGGGGAGCUCAGGCUGGAGGGGAAUUGACUGACUUCAUCAUUGUCUUAAGGACAACUGAUGCUGUUAAGACUUUUAGUGGAAAUGUACAUUUCUCAGUUGGAGCAGGUUUGAGUGCAGCAUGUGGCAUUAUUGGACGGACAGCUGAAGCUGAUGUUCGCGCUGGCGAUGGUGGUUAUGCAGCUUGUUAUACAUAUAGUUGCAGCAAAGGCGCAUUUGUGGGUUGUUCGCUGAAUGGGAGUAUUGUCACCACACGCACACUGGAGAAUUCUCGAUUCUAUGGUAGCCCUUCCAUCAAUGCAUCAGAUAUUCUUCUUGGGUCUUUGCCUAGGCCCCCUGCAGCUGCCAUCCUGUACCAUGCGCUGUCUGAUCUAUUCCAGAAAUUUGAGGGGUAAUUCAUGAUUGGGUCAAGAACUAUUUUUAUUAGUUCAGUCCCACCUCAACAAACAUCAGCUGGCUUAAAAGACACACCAGCCCAUGAACCAGUUGUAAAUAUUAUGUGCAGUUUUUCAUUACCAAGAAAUCUCCAUAUCCAUUCAUUGUUUCCUGUAAAGGUAGGGGUUCUUAAAUGGUUGUAUAGCAUUAAAGAUACCUUCACAUGAAGGCAUUUCUUGGAGGGUAAAGAUAAAGACUACUGAGGUAGACUGCCUCAUGAACCUCUCUGGUUGUACAUAUAACAAUUUCUAUAUUUAUCACGAAAGAAGCAAGUUGUCAAGUGCCA